AUGUCUAACCCUCGAUGGAUUCAUUGCAAUGUGUGCUUCCAUCUGUUUGCAAAGAAAGGGCGAAAGUUUUAUCAUCUUUCUUGCCGCCAUGUGCUGUGCAAACCAUGCAUGGCGAAAACGGAUCGUGGAACGACGUGUCCUGUGUGUCGGAAGCCGCUGGAGCGCUACACCGAGCUGAGCAAUCAGAUGGAUCGUAAGGAGAAGAUGUGCUACGAUCCAGCUAUAUUCAGGGUGUACAAUGUGACCUACCAUAGCAUCCUCUUUCAGUACAAGCACCGUGAACACAUGAUAGGAGGGAUUCUUCGAUGUCGUAAAGCGUUGGCUCAAUUGAAAGAGAUGGAAAACUCGUUACGGCAGCAGAUUGUGGAAACACAGCGGCGUUACGAAAAAUGUCGUACCUACCGGCGGAAUCUGCAGGAGAACCUGCGUCAGAUAUCACCCCGGUUUAGCGAUAGGCCCCGGAACAACAACAGUGAUCUGCUUGCACUAUCUAAUCGCACCGACGAUCAGACUAGUCGCAGCGAUCAGCGGCCAUCUUCCUGCCCCUUUAACUUCAGCAAUCCUAUUUUCACGCAUCGACCUCCAACGGUCCCCGUUCCGCCUGAGCACCACAUGGCAGCUUCGGAUUUAAAUGACCUUGCUAACAGUUCCAGCCUGAUGAGCUAUUGCAGUCGUACCGAGCAGCACCCAUCUUCGAGGGCUUCCAGCUUUUGCACUCCUGCCUACGCGAGUCGACCAGCAACGGUCUCCGUAAACUCUACGGGGCAGCACGUGACGGUCACCAACCGGUACUCACAGAGGAGCAGCGUUGGUAGCAUCCAGUGGGAAGGAAACACCCGAAUGCCGAGUAAGGGAUGCGGCGUAUCGGAUGAUUCGGGCAUUUCCGAUAUGCAAACGCCUGGAUCAUGUCUGAGCUAUGGAAACGCCACCGGGCUGGAUUCCCAUCCUCAGCAACAGCACGUGAUGCCGUAUCCGUCGACACCGGUGCGACAGAACGCAUUCUCCUCUUACUUCCAUCGUGCACCAUCGCCAUUGCUCAUGCCAGGGCGCCGAUUUUAA